UGCUGAGAGGGUGCAAGGCCAAAGCCAUAACCCUGACCUGGGGGGGGCAGCGGGCGGGCGGAGUGACACAUCUGCCCACCCUUUGAGGCAGGGAGGGGGGAGCUGGAGCCUUUGUGGGCCUUUGCGUCCUCCGGAGGGCUCCCUUUCCCCAUUUCUGUCCUAUUGGAAAAUUGUGAGCCUGUGGGAGGGUCAGGAGGACUUACUUGUCUGCUUGGCCUGCCCUCCCAUGGACUGAGUUCUCCUCUGGCCUCACUGCAAAGCCCCAGCAGGGUCUAAAGUCAAAAGCACGGGGCUCCCGACUUGCAAAGCUGCCUUGCAGCUGUUGUUGGAAGCAAAGUCCAAAGCAGACCGAAGGAGGGACUCGGGAGUGCUGUGGACACCAUGAAAACAAUCAUCGCUGCUUAUUCACAAAACCAGAGCGGUGGGGGGGCAUCAAGGAGGAGAGGGUGCCUCUUACAUGAAAUAUGCAGCCAAGUGAUGAAACUAACCCAGUCAAGAUGGGCUGUACAAACGCUUUCCUGCCGGCCCACAGAUCAUGGGAGCCAUGCCAGCAUCCAGGCUGCUCUCCUGCGUUCCGUCCUGGCCCUUCCCUGGCCUUCGCAAAGAGACGUCCGGGCCUGCAUCCAGCUGCUCUCGGUCUUCCAGUGGAUCCUGAGCUUCCUGUUGAUGGGAAUUGUUCUCCUGCUUCUUCUCAUCUAUUUGGUUUUCACCAAUUUCUGGCCCAUUUCUGCCUUCUACGUGGCUUGGCUUAUCUUUGACUGGGAAACGCCUGAGAAAGGUGGGAGAAGCUCUUCCUGGAUACGGAGCUUGGCCGUCUGGGAUCACUUCCGAGACUAUUUUCCCAUUCAGCUGGUGAAGACUCACGACCUGCUUCCCAGCCACAACUACAUCAUUGGGGUCCAUCCUCACGGGAUCUUGUGCAUCGGAGCGUUCUGCAACUUUGUCACCCGCUCCACCGGCUUCUGUGAAAAGUUCCCAGGCAUCAAACCCUUUCUGGGCACUCUGGCCGGGAACUUCCGACUGCCUGGGAUCAGAGAAUACCUCAUGAGUGGCGGUCUCUACCCGGUGACCCGCCGCGGGAUCGAGUACCUCAUCUCCAGGAACGGCACCGGAAACGCCGUGGCCAUUGUGGUCGGGGGCGCCGCCGAGUCGCUCUCCUGCCAGCCAGGGGUGACCAAGUUAAUCCUGAGCAGACGCAAAGGCUUCGUCAAGAUGGCUCUCCAGCAUGGGGCCCAUCUGGUUCCGGCUUUCUCCUUCGGAGAGAACGACCUUUUCCAGCAGGUCCAUUUUGAGGAAGGCAGUUGGGUGCGGAGCCUCCAGAACCGGGUCCGGAAAUUUUUUGGGGUCGCUCCCUGCUUCUUCUACGGCAGAGGCUUCACUUCCGUCCAUUCCUGGGGUUUUCUCCCUUUUCCCCGACCGGUCACCACUGUCAUCGGAGAGCCUUUGAUGCUGCCCAAGGUGGAGCAGCCGACGCGGGAGAUGGUGGAUCGGUACCAUGCCAUGUACGUCCAGGCUCUCCGCAAACUCUUCGACGAGCACAAAGUCGCCCACGGUCUGCCCGAGACGGAGGAGCUGCGCAUCCUUUGACGGAGAGCCGCUCCGGAGAAGAGG